GUUAUGUAUGACGUGUUGGUAAAUAACUCGUCUUCUGCCUCUGUCCAAAGCUAGAAGGUACAAACCUGUGCGUGCUGCUAUAUUCAGCUCUCCCCCACACCCGACGGGAAGGAACUACUACUACGCGGGGGUCAACUUCCCAGCGCUUGCAUUACGCAGUUACGCAGUAAUACUCCGUCCUCCCCCACAAAAAGCCCUAUUAGGCCAAGUGCACAUCCAAGUAUACACUCACCCUUCCUACAAACCUACCCACAUUCAUAUCUGCAUCGGAUAUUUCUCCCUAGUCGUUAGAAACAGGAAACUAAUAUCCAUCCGCCCACCGACGAAGCCGUUUCUAAGUCUACCGAGAUACCCACCAAUAAGCACGAGCUAGCGUGACCCGGGGAGACAGGAUAGAGGAAGGGAGAAAGGGAGAGAUUAACUCCGAGAAGACGAUGAGCGCCCACCAGACCGGCGCAGGAGGCUUCGGCACUGCGAGGCCACCCGCCGGCAUGCCAGUGCCGGGGGACGCAGCGCCAGUCGAGUCGUUCACGCCCGAGAUGCGAGAUCGACAGGCCCGGGGAAAAGACCCAUACGACUCGUCCGAAGGGAGCAGCGGCGACUGGCCAAGCGAGAGCGGUAAGAAUUACCGGAAAGGCGGAAGCUCCAGAAACGAGGCCUUUUCUACGGUAGAGAGGCGCCGCAUGGCAGCCCAGAUAUUGGAUAGUCCGGAACUGCUGAUGAUGGCAGCACAGCGUGACAACGAUAGUAUACCAGCAACCCGUUUACGAUAUAUGCGCAUGCUCUGCGGCCUCGAACCGUUCUCGAAGAAGCCGCAGCGUGGCGGGGUUUCUACCUCGCGGGUAGCUACGCCUGGUCGCUCCUCUAGGAAGGACGCGCGGUAGUGGAUAUCGGUCGGGGUAGACGGUCGAAACGGCUCGGCGGUAAAAGUCGUGACGUCUUCGAGGGAGAGGAGGGAAUCGUCUCGGGCUAGUCGGUUCGACACGACAUCGUUCUCUACGUGGUGUUACUAGGUCAUCGCGGGAGACGGUAGGCUUUAGGGGGGAGGGGGGAGAGGAGUAGUAAUGGGAGUAAGAGUAGAUGAUGAGCAGAAGUUGUGAUUUCGAUCAAAACUAGAUAUAGAUAGAAGACUGGAUGAGGAUUCUAGAAGCAGCGCGACUUAACGUGCGUCUUUCCGCUCGAGCACCUCGCUAUCGAGGGGACAUGGGAAGGACUAGAGCCCGAGUCCGCGGUAUAGGCGCACGGUACGCUAUCUGCUCAGUUCCUCUACCACCCUAAUGGAUACCCCAAGUGUGCGCGUCAUUUCUUCCCAUCGAACAAGCAUCAUUAUGUACCUAGGAUAAGCUCCGAGCAUAUGUUUGGCUUAAAAGAAUUGCAGAAUCACGAUGGAACGCA